AAGGAGGCGAGCAGCUGAUCCGGCUCGCCGCCCUCCCUUGGUCGCCUCCUCGACCCAGGAGGAGGAGGAGACUGGGGCGGAGGAAGGCUGGAGGCCACGGCGGCCCCCUUCCCCCCGCAGCCGCCUCGCAAGCAGCUCCCCGCAGCCUCCUGCCAGCCAGAGACAUCAAGAGUUUUCAGCCAUGACGAACCCUUUUUCCCGGAUUGUGGAGCCUCUGGAUGCCAUCCAGCCUGAGAAGAAAUUCUUCAAUUUGAACCAUUUGGGUGAUCCCAGAUAUGAACGCUUGCCGUUUUCUAUCAGAGUCUUACUGGAGGCUGCAGUCCGCAACUGUGAUGAAUUCCUUGUGAAAAAGGGUGAUGUUGAAAACAUUUUGAAUUGGAACAUAAUGCAGCAGAAAGCCAUUGAAGUACCGUUUAAGCCCUCCAGAGUUAUUCUUCAAGAUUUUACAGGUGUCCCUGCAGUGGUUGAUUUUGCUGCUAUGCGUGAUGCCGUGAAGGUACUAGGUGGAGAUCCAGAAAAAAUCAACCCCAUCUGUCCUGCUGAUUUAGUCAUUGACCAUUCCAUUCAGGUUGACUUUAACAGGAGGCCAGACAGUUUACAGAAGAAUCAAGAUUUGGAGUUUGAAAGGAACAAAGAAAGAUUUGAGUUCUUAAAGUGGGGCUCCCAAGCCUUCCAGAACAUGAGGAUUAUUCCCCCAGGCUCUGGGAUUGUCCAUCAAGUGAACUUAGAGUACUUAGCCAGAGUGGUCUUUGAUCAGAAGGGAUACUACUACCCAGACAGUGUAGUGGGCACUGACUCUCAUACCACCAUGAUUAAUGGCUUGGGAGUGCUUGGCUGGGGCGUUGGUGGCAUAGAAGCAGAAGCAGUGAUGCUGGGCCAGCCAAUCAGUAUGGUGCUUCCUGAAGUGAUUGGCUACAAACUGACAGGAAAUCCUCAACCACUUGUCACAUCCACAGACAUUGUGCUCACUGUUACCAAGAAUCUACGCCAGGUUGGGGUCGUGGGUAAAUUUGUCGAGUUCUUUGGGCCUGGGGUUACUCACUUGUCCAUUGCUGACAGAGCCACCAUUGCCAACAUGUGCCCAGAGUAUGGAGCAACUGCAGCCUAUUUCCCUGUUGAUGAAGUUAGCAUCCAGUACCUGGUUCAGACUGGACGUGAUGAAGAAAAGAUUAAGCAUAUUAGGAAAUACCUUCAGGCUGUGGGAAUGUUUAGAGAUUUUAGUAAUUCGUCACAAGACCCAGAUUUUACCCAGAUUGUGGAGUUGGAUUUGCAGACUGUCAUGCCUUGCUGCAGUGGCCCAAAGAGGCCCCAGGACAAAGUGGAGGUCUUAGAAAUGAAGAAAGAUUUUGAGACCUGCUUAGGUGCCAAGCAAGGUUUUAAAGGCUUCCAAAUUGCCCCUGAGCAUCACAACAAUCAUGUGAAAUUUGUUUAUAAUGACAAGGAGUUUGAACUUGCUCACGGAUCCGUUGUGAUUGCUGCCAUUACCAGCUGUACUAACACUAGCAAUCCAUCUGUAAUGCUCGGUGCAGGAUUGCUUGCCAAAAAAGCUGUGGAAGCUGGCCUGACUGUGAAACCGUAUGUUAAAACUAGCCUUUCUCCAGGAAGUGGGGUGGUCACUUACUAUCUGAGAGAAAGCGGAGUGAUGCCUUACCUUUCUCAACUAGGGUUUGAUGUGGUGGGUUAUGGAUGUAUGACCUGCAUUGGCAACAGUGGACCUCUUCCAGAAUCUGUUGUUGAAGCCAUUACUCAGGGAGAUCUUGUAGCUGUGGGUGUACUGUCUGGAAACAGGAACUUUGAAGGCCGGGUCCAUCCAAAUACUCGCGCAAAUUACCUGGCCUCACCACCUUUGGUAAUAGCUUAUGCCAUUGCAGGGACUAUAAGAAUUGACUUUGAGAAGGAACCCCUAGGUGUCAAUGCAGAAGGGAAGAAGAUCUUUCUAAAAGACAUUUGGCCCUUGAGAGAGGAAAUCCGAGCUGUAGAGCACCAAUAUGUCAUUCCAGGGAUGUUUAAAGAAGUCUACCAGAAAGUAGAGACAGUAAAUAAAUCAUGGAAUGCUUUAGAUGUCCCAUCAGACACACUGUAUGCAUGGAAUCCAAAAUCUACAUAUAUUAAAUCUCCUCCAUUUUUUGAAAACCUGACUUUGGAGCUUCAGCGUCCAAAAUCCAUAGUUGAUGCCUAUGUCCUGCUAAAUCUUGGCGAUUCUGUGACCACCGACCAUAUAUCUCCAGCUGGGAAUAUAGCAAGGAACAGUCCCGCUGCCCGUUACUUAACCAGCAGAGGAUUAACCCCUAGAGAGUUCAACUCGUAUGGUUCACGCCGAGGCAAUGAUGCCGUUAUGGCCAGAGGAACAUUUGCAAACAUACGUUUAUUGAACAAAUUUCUCAGCAAACAGGCCCCCCAAACCAUACAUUUCCCUUCAGAAGAAACUCUUGAUGUGUUUGACGCUUCAGAAAGGUACCAACAAGCAGGCCACCCUCUCAUUGUGCUGGCUGGUAAGGAAUAUGGUUCUGGAAGCUCCCGGGAUUGGGCAGCAAAAGGGCCUUUUCUGCUGGGCAUCAAAGCCGUCCUUGCAGAGAGCUAUGAACGUAUUCAUCGCAGUAAUCUGGUAGGAAUGGGAGUCAUUCCGCUGCAGUAUUUGUCAGGCGAGGAUGCUGAGAGUCUAGGUCUGACAGGUCGGGAGCGUUACACAAUCAUCAUUCCUGAAGACCUGGUGCCUAGAAUGAACGUUCAGAUCAAACUCGAUACCGGGAAAACCUUCCAAGCGGUUAUGAGGUUUGACACCGACGUGGAACUCACUUAUUUUCGGAAUGGGGGCAUCUUGAACUACAUGAUUCGCAAAAUGGCAUCCUAGUCCCAACUUCAACUGAGCCAGUGUCCAAUUGUUAUGAAACGUGUAACAGAAAAUUGCACUGUAAUUGUGGAUCACAUAGCAUCUAAAGCCUGAUGUGAAUUGCAUACGUAUGGAUUGUAUUAUUGAAAGGGAUAUUUACACUGUUAAGACUCUGAGCUAGGCAUCUUGACCACCAAACCAGCCUAGGUUUAUUUUUACUCAUCCCACCUACAGUACUUUGUCUGUUUUGUACAGGGAAAAUAGACUGACAAAUUUUGGAAACACUUGCUGAUGCAAUGAAAGAACUUCACCCCUUGAUUUCAACUGAUUAGACCAGUUGUUUCUUGUCUGGAUUAACAGUCUCAUACUAACAAUUUGACUAUUAUUCUCCACUUUCUUUUAAAACAGUUAAUUAGCAUCUUUUUUUGACAAUACUGUUGAAAUUAUUAAGAACUGCUUAACCAUUCUUUAUUAACAGUAUAGAUGCUCUCUCAAGCUCCCUCCACGUUCUUCCUAGCCUUUGCUUUAGGGGAAAUUUUUGGAGGGGGGGGCACCAGGACCAUUUAUAAUUAAAUCUACUUUUAAAAGAU